AUGGGGGUGUUAACCAGGUCCACAUAUGGUGGUUGCUCAGUAGGGCACGGCUCGGCUCAGUUUGUGAUUCCACUGCAGUUUAGCUCCUCUGCUAUCAAUGAGAGGAACGUGGCCCCUGACUUUUUCGAGUAUUUCCGUGCACUCUACCCCAUCUUGCGAUCGGAUCCGACUCUGCUGUGCAUUUCCGCCUGGAACGAUAACGGACGGGAUGGGCUGGUCGACCCGGGCAAGGCGGACCUCCUUUACCGGACAGAUUUCUUUCCCGGCCUCGGUUGGAUGCUUUUGAAGGAAGUCUGGGCAGAGCUGGAGCCCAAGUGGCCCAAGGCAUUCUGGGACGACUGGAUGCGGCACCCAGAGCAGCGUAAGGACCGCUCAUGCAUUCGUCCCGAGAUCUCGAGGACUAUAACGUUCGGCCGGAAAGGCGUCAGUUUGGGUCAAUUUUUCGACCAGUAUCUGCGCUACAUAAAACUCAAUACUGAAUUCGUGCCUUUCACUAAUCUGGACUUGUCCUACUUGGUCAGGGAGAAGUACGAUGAAACCUUUGAAAAGGAAGUGUAUAGCGCCCCCUUGGUGAAGGUGGAGGAACUACAGCAAGGUGGAAGCCUGAAAGGCUCCGGGCCGUUUCGAGUUCAGUACUCUAGCAGAGACAGCUUUAAAGUGCUGGCCCGCAACUUGGGAGUUAUGGAUGACUUGAAGUCAGGGGUUCCCCGUGCCGGUUACAGGGGCGUAGUCAGCUUUAUUUCCCGCGGACGGAAAAUGUAUCUAGCUCCCCCUGAGGGCUGGACUAAAUACGACACCAGCUGGAGCUGAGGAGAAUGAGCUUUGGACCACAAUAGACCAGAAAGAGAAUAUCACAACUAUUAUCACAAGUACAGGAGCAGAGAAACGCCCUCUCAAACCAAAGAAAACAGAGGCAGGGUGUGAAAGGUUGAGGAAAGGUUAAUGCCAAGAUGCGAGUAUAAAAUAACUGCUGUUUUGUUAUGGAGGAACACCCAGGAAUGCUGGGAACAGCACAAAAGUUGGUGCAUCGUAUUUGCGCAGCAAUCAUGCAACAAGCUUCCCUCAGAGAAAACAGUUACGCUGCAAACAGCUCCUAUGCCGAAUCGCUCAUUCUGACAUGGAGAAAAAUUAUCUGAUUGUUUAUUUUUCUGACCUUUAUGUUGAUUUCACAUCAAUCCAAAAGGCAUAUAAGAGGUUUUAUAUUUUAUCCUACCACAGUGUCUUUUGGGUGAAUCUCACGAUAACACUCAAAGGAAGAAAUUAUAUUUGCAUAUAUGCAGAAAAACUGACCAUUUUUUUUGACAUUUUCACUGCAAACUAAUUUUUUUCUUAAAUUGAUCUUUGUAAGGAAUCUGACAGUUUUACUUUUUUUGUUGUAAUUUUCAUUAUUCUCAGUGAUGAUUUUAAUUAUAACAGGAAUU